AUGCAUCCCUCCCAUAUCUUACACCCUGCUCCCUCUAUUCCACAUCAAACAAACCCAUCCCCCUCCGGCUUCCUCGUCAACCUCGGAUUCCAAGUCGUACUCAGCGUCUCCCUCUCCUUAUCCCUCUCCUCCUUCUCCCUACUCUUCCACCCCUUCUCCCUCUUCCCAAUCCCCUCAUCCCUCCACUUCCUCGGCGGCUUCAGCCCCAACUCCGCAUACCUCGUCCACACCUGCCGCCCCCUCUUAUACCACCUCCUCUUGCGAUCCUCCUCCUCCUCUUCAUCCGGCCGCCAAUUGCUCUUCAGGAUCCUGCGAAUAGCUUCUGGCGAGACCUCGAACUUGGCAGCGAGCACGGGGACGGUGUAUUGGUCGGGGAACUGCGCGUUGAUGGCGCGGAUGCCGGCUAGGGCGUCGGGGGAGAGGCGCUUUCGGGGGGCCCAGCCUUCGGAGAAUUUUUCUUGGAGGGCGGCUUUUUGGCUUUGCCAGGGGAGGCGGGGGGGUGGCGUCCAGUCGUCUUCUUCUUUUUUGGCAGACUUCUUGGGAAAGCGGGUAGGAGCCUCGGCUUCCUCUGUAUGCUUGGAACGGAAGUUCUUUCGAGGGGCGGGAGAAUCGUCCUGGUAUGAAUUCGUAGGAGCUUCUCUGUUGAAAGGCUUCCUGGCAAACUUGUCAGGGGUUUCCCUCCUGUUUGUGUGCCACUCAGGUGCCCGCUCCCGGUACUCGCGCUCGAUAGGUUGUUCGGCUCUUUUCGGGGUAUCUUUUACAGCCCCUGCCGCCAAUUGGUCUAUUAUAUCAGGUGUGAUUUCGAAAAAAGCCGGCGCUGGAGCAUGGCUACCCUCUUGUGAAAGCGUCGCCUUCUCGCUCUCGGAAGUGGGUGUGGUCGUAUAUGCAGAGGAUUCACCUUCCGCGUCUGUCGACCUUUGCAAGUGA